UAUAUACAAAAGAUAAAUGUAGUGAACACAAUAUUUUGAUAACUGAAGUACUAAAAUGAAGAAAAACUUUUUGAAAAGUAGCGUUGAAAACGCUUCACUCAACAUACUCUUGCAAAUUGCAUUUCGAUGCUUGACAUUUGUUGUUAAUGCUUUUGUGCUGCGACAUGUUUCACAAAAUGAAAUAGGAAUUACUAAUGUUCGUUUAUUAUUACUCGAGUCGACAAUUUUGUUUUUGAGCAGAGAAGCAUUUCGCCGUGCGUGUCUAACAGAUACCUUGCAUCAUAAUUGGCCCAAGGUCAUCAAUCUCAUUUGGUUCUCUGUACCAUUAUGUGCCAUUAUUUGUGGAGUAUGUGGUUAUAUUUGGCUUCGAUUACUAAGCCAACCUGAAAUUACAGUUACUACUUACUAUGAAUUUGGUGUAUGGUCAAUUAUUAUAAGUUGCAUCAUUGAACUAUGCUGUGAACAGUUAUAUAUUAUAGCGCAAGCGUUCUUAUUUGUCAAGCUACAGGUUGUAUUAGAAAUAAUAAACAUUGCUGUCCGAACAAUUGUUUAUACAACAAUGGUGUUAUAUUGGAAUGGUCAGAAUGCUGUACUAGCAUUUUCAUUUGCACAACUUGCAUCAGUCAUAGCAUAUACAAUGUCAUUUUACAUAUACUUUUGGUAUUAUACAAAAAAAAGUACAAAAGAUUUUCCAUUCAAAACUAUGCGGAAAUUUUUUCCAAGUUUUAUUGGAAGAAAGUUGUCAGAAUGUGUUGAUUUUCCACUACUUAUGUUGUUGUGGAGUUUCUUGAAACAGGGAUUUAUGAAACAACUGUUGACUGAUGGUGAACGUUAUGUAAUGACAUUCUUUAACACAUUAAAAUUUGAUCAACAAGGUGUAUACGAUGUUGUCAACAAUUUGGGAUCAUUAGCUGCUAGAUUUUUAUUCAAACCCAUUGAAACAGCGGCAUACUUCUAUUUUAGUCAACUUGUUCAAAGAGAAGUGCCAAUCCAAACACAAAUCAAACAGGAUGCUAAUCGCAUAAAAGAAGCAGCUAGCGUUUUGGAAUGCCUGUUACGUGUCAAUAGUUCUAUUGGUCUAAUUGCACUAUCCUUUGGACAAGCAUAUGCCAAACUAGUAUUAUUUCUUUAUGGAGGAUCAACAUUGGCUACUGGAAUUGGACCAGUGCUGUUACAAAUGCAUUCUUUAGCCAUUCUAUUUUUAGCUGUCAAUGGUAUCACUGAAUGUUAUGCAGCAGCUACCAUGAAUGUUGCUGAAUUAAACAAAUACAAUGUGGAAAUGGUUGUAUUAUCUGUGAUAUUUUUAUUUAUUUCUUUGUUGUUUUCAACAUUUUUUGGUGGAAUUGGUUUUAUUUUUGCAAAUUGUUGUAAUUUCACAUUUAGAAUCAUCCAAUGUGGUCGUUACAUUCUAUCUCAAUAUAAAAAUACUGAUUAUAAUCCACUUAAUGGAUUAAUACCAAAAAAAUCAUUUAUUUGUUGUUUAAUUAUGUCAACUAUCGUUUCAAUGUAUUCUGAGGCAAAAUAUUACGAAGAAAACAAACUUACACAUAUUGUUAUAGGUGGUGUAUUAUUUCUACUAACAACAUCAGUUUGGUUGUAUGAAGAAAUGCCCACAUUUAAAUUUUUAACAAAAGUUUAUUGCUCAAAACACAAUUAAACUACUUUCCAAAAA